GACGAGAGGAGCAACACAGAUCCCCGCAGCCGCAGCUGGCCCAAGCUCCGGAGACCGAGCAGGAGGAAAGUUCCCAGUUCCCAACGUGCCUUCAUGGGUCAAGCUGCUCGUCGGUCUCUUCUUUGCCGGAGUACCUCUUUACAGACAGAUGAGAGCCCUGCAAGGUUGAUGAGAUAGAGAAAGAGAUGGAUUCCGUAGUGGAUUCUGUAAUUGAGAAGGUCAAGAAGGAGAGAUCAUUGAGAAAGAACUCAGUGAAAGGAGACGAUGUCGAUAGGAAACAGAAGUAACACUUAGGUGUUAACAGAGUAUCGAGGCAAAAUGCAGAAUAAUUACUUUGUACUCCCUCCAUAAACUAAUAUAAGAGCGUUUAGAUCACUAAAAUAGUGAUCUAAACACUCUUAUAUUAGUUUACGGAGGGAGUACUAUUCUUUUCCCUAUUUAAAAUCAUCAGGGAUCAGAUUCCCGAUUCCAUUUCAUAGAAACAAAACCAAUGUUCAAGGCUAACGCUUACCGGACUUUGAAUUAUUUUCGCAAAUGGUAGCUUUAUUGGACCACUUUUAGCCUCCCAUUAGGGACGAAAUGGUUAGCUGCAAAGUGUCGCAUUGAAUGAUGGUCUUGCAUUAUGGUGGUGAUGAAGAUCUGAUCUGGAUCAUAUUAGCUCUGACAAACAUGUUACUCGGUAGUUUUGGUCUUUUUGCCAAUGGUACACUGCCUGCAAAGAGAGCUUGGUUUUGCCUCUCCCCCUCGCAAAGAAGGCCUAUCAAUCUGUGGUUACUUAUACUUAGUUGCUAGCUUGGUAAAAGAAGAAGGCACGACUCAUACAAGAGAGACGCUGAGAAGAGAUGAAGAUGAAGUGGCGGUGGGUCUCCUCGUGGAUGACGUGCGCGAGUGUCGGGUCCGGUCCGGCUGCGUGUGGCAGUCAGACAACGAGGAGCGCGUGCGCUGCAUUUUAUGUUAUCUUCGUGUGAUGCGCAUCGGUUGUCAUUUUGUCCAUUUAUUAUGGUUGGUACGCAGACUAGUGUACAGGAGCACUAAUAUUUAAGCUCAUGAGUAGAACUCCGCAGAAGAAAGCAACCCCAUGAGAUCGCCACAAGUUUAUAAUAAGCUCAUAAAAGGGUAGUUUCGACUUCCAAAAAGAAGAAAGCCAUACUCCUUUUAGAUCUCACUCAUGGCGAUCCCCGUAAGCUCCUUGACCUCCGGAUCCUUGCCGCGAUACAGUCCGGAGGUUUCUCGGCAACGACGGAGCUCACUUGUGUCUGCAUCGCCUCGUCGCCGGCAAAUCCUCGCUGGCCUGGCCAUCAAGUCGCGGGGCAUCAACCGUGUCCAGCCGACGACCAGAGGAGCAACACAGAUCCCCGCAGCCGCAGCUGGUCCAAGCUCCGGAGACCAAGCAGGAGGAAACUUCCCAGUUCCCAACGUGCCUUCAUGGGUCAAGUUGCUCGUCGCUGUCUUCUUUGCUGCAGUACCUCUUUACAGGCAGAUGAGAGCCCUGGAAGAUAAGGUGGAGCAAACGGCAGAAGUAGCAAUUGAGGUGGUCGAAAAAGUGGCUGAGGCAGCUGAGAAAAUUGCUGACGAUGUCUUUGAAGCAUUUCCCGGUAAUGAUAACGUCAAAAAGGCAGCAUCCAGGAUCAAGGCCAUCGUAGAUGAAAUUGAGAAGGACGCGGAAAAAGCCGAGGCCCUAAUCGAGAAGGUUGAUGAGAUAGAGAAAGAGAUGGAUUCUGUAGUGGAUUCUGUAAUUGAGAAGGUCAAGAAGGAGAGAUCAUUGAGAAAGAACUCAGUGAAAGGAGACGAUGUCGAUAGGAAAUAGAAGUAACACUUACUACUCGCAGGUGUCAACAGAGUAUCGAGGCAAAAUGCAGAUAUUACUUUGUACUAUUCUUUUCCCUGUUUAAAAUCUUCAGGGAUCGGAUUCCCGAUUCCAUUUCAUAGAAACUAAACCAAUGUUCAAGGCUAACGCUUACCCGACUUUGAACUAUUUUCGCAAAUGGUAGCUUUAUUGGGCCACUUUUAGCCUCCCAUUAGGGACGAAAUGGUUAUCUGCAAAGUGUCGCAUUCAA